AUGGAAUAGUCUUUGUUAGAAACGAUAGCAAAGUAUAAGUCACUUGAAUAAUAUAUAGAUGUUUAGAUUUUGCAGAUCUAAAUGCCAUAGACACUUUAAAGCUUAACACAACCCUAGAAAAACAAGAUGGACUAAAGCAUUUAGAAAAGCAGCUGGAAAAGAGAUGA